CAAACUAGAGAGACCUCAGCAAAGAGCACCAGAGAGCAAUCCUGGAUGCCCAGACAGCCACCAGACAGAGGAACCUGGGCCCCCUGCUUUUAACUAACUUCCAGGCCUUUGACUCUGACCCAGUAGCCCAGUCCCCUCCCGGAGGAACCUUGGUGUCCUAGUUCACCUCUAACCCUCCUUUGACCAGGAGUUCUGACUUUCACUACACUACAGUCUUGUUUCGCUUAACGCUUGGGCAUUUGCAGAGGCAGCGUCCAGCUUUCUCCUCCACUUUCUACUAACUCUCACCCCAGAGAAACUUGGAGCAUCUUGAAUCUCAAAGCUAAAUCUCCAGAGAUCUCAAACAAGUCUCCCCUCAUUUCCAAGAUAAUCCCUUAAACCCCACUUCCAAUGACCUCUGGGGACCUGGCUGCCCAGUCCCUUCCCUCCACCCCGCAAGACCCCCCUCCUAUCCGGGGCACCCGCCUCCCUCGUUCUUUUCUCCGAAGCCUCCGGACACUUUUUGAAAUCUUGGAUGACCAGCGGAAUGGGACCGUCCAUAUCUCGGAAAUCGAGUGCCGGUGGCGCCGGGGAGACUCUGCCGUGACCCCACAAGGAGACAAAGAGAGAUGCCAACUUCCAUCUGGGGUACUUCAGGCCCUCCAGCAGGUGGCAGAGCCCUGCGGGGGCUAUUUAAGUUUCCCCCGCCUGGUGGCUGGGUUGAGAAUUGCCCUCUUGCGAGCAGAAGAGGAGGAAGAUGAAGCUGAGAAGGCAGCCGGAGAAGGAGUCGGAGGCGGGCAGGCUGGAGGCAGACAGAACACCUCACAGUCCAUGAAGAACUUGAGUCGGAUACGAGAAUCCGAAGGGAAAGGUGUCACUCGAUCCCGUAGCAUCAACAGCUCCCUAUGCCAAGCUGGGCGACGCAGGAGCAUCCGAAUCCCUAAGGAGCCACGCAGGCACACCAUUUCCAAUGCCAUGGAAUAUGAUAUGCUAAAGCGGAUGCAAGAGCUGGAGCGGGAACGGGAUGCCUUGUUGCAUGGCUUGGAAAUGGUGGAUCGGGUGCGUGACUGGUUUCAGCACCACCUCUUGGAAGCCCAGAGGCGCCACAAGCACAUGGGAGAAGAGGCAAGCUAUUUUCCAGACCCUUACUCCAACCAGAGCUGCCUGCUGCUGGCCAGGAUCCAGGAAGUGAAUCUCUGCUUGAAAAACUUGCUCACCUCUUCUGGAAAGCCUGAAGUUCCACCCAGUGGUUUGGGGGUUCCCCUCUAUCCACCAGGAAAGAAGGAAUUUCACCAGCAAGCAGUCACUGUCCUGAAGGAACAGAACCACCUGCUGAUCAAGGAAGUGUCAGAAAAAAGUGACCGCAUUGCCCAGCUGGAACAAGAGAAAGCAGCACUUUGCAAACAACUGAAGGAGAGCCGAGGCUACCGACUACCCAGCCAUAAGGAGUCCACCUUUAUCUGAACCACCGGGUCACUUCUGGUAGACCAUGAACAUGAUGUUGUCACCUUUUGUGUCCACAUUGCCUGUGAUAUCACUUCUUUCCCUGAGCCCAAGAUGAAGGACCGAUCUUUCUGGCAAACUUUUCUGGCCUGGGAGGUGUCUCCUCAAGUCAUUGCAUCUGCCUCAUCAUGUGGCUCUUGCAGCAAUUGUUCCUCCAUAGAGUAGCCCAGUUCUUCAACGGAAUGUAUUAUGCCACCUAUAAGGAAAGCAUGACUAUGGACUUGAUGAGUGCAUCUACCCACUGUAUUUGCAUUGCUGCACAUUUUGCCUGGGAGAUCUCUCGAGAUAAGAGAGCAUUGCAAACAUGGAAACCUGGAAACAAAGGGCCAUUGAAGUCCAGGGCAACAAAGGAGAAAGAGGAUAGGAAUUAUGUUUUUUCCUGACCUCCCCAACUAGGACUAACAUGCUUCAAAUGUUUUUACUUCAGGUGCAAGUGUGCAAACAUUCCCCCCUUAAUUGAGGAGUCUGUGUAGCAUAAUGGCAGUGAUGCAGGAUUCCAGAACACGCCCUUGUGGCAUCUUCUUCAUAGUGUUUCUGUGUUGGUAUCUGUGUGCAUUCUCUGUGUUGUCUCCUAUAUGCCAAAGUGAUGUCAUUUUCUGUCUUCACAUCAAACCAUCCACCCACCCA